AGCCCGCUCCCGUCCCCUCCCGCACACAGCGGGGGGCGGGAGCUGCGGGGGGCGGGGGCGGAGGCGCGGGAGCGGCCGGGGGCAGAGAGGCAGGGACAGAGCGAGGGCGCCGCGCUGCCGCCCGCUCCGCUCCGCUCCGCUGCGCUCGGCUCGGCUCGGCUCGGCAGCGACAUGGCCCGGCGCCGCCGCCCGCUGACGUCCUGCGAGCAGCCGCCGCGCCCGCCCGCCCGCGCUAUAUAGCUGCCGCCCGGCGCCCGGGCCAGGCGCGGCGGGGCCAUGACUCGCGCUGGGGGCGCCCCGGACCGCUCCCGCCGCCCGGAGUGACCGCGCCCCGCCCGCCCGCCAUGGAGGGCACCAACAGCACCCGGGCCCGGGCGGGCGGCAACGGCACGGCGCCGGCCGAGCUGGCGCUGAGCUACCAGGUGCUCACGUCGCUGUUGCUGGGCGCCCUGGUGCUGUGCGCCGUGAUCGGCAACGCGUGCGUGAUCGCGGCCAUCGCCCUGGAGCGCUCGCUGCAGACCGUGGCCAACUAUCUCAUCGGCUCGCUGGCCGUGGCCGACCUCAUGGUGUCGGUGCUGGUGCUGCCCAUGGCCGCGCUCUACCAGGUGCUCAAAAAGUGGACGCUGGGGCAGGUCACCUGCGACAUCUUCAUCUCGCUGGACGUGCUGUGCUGCACCUCCUCCAUCCUGCACCUGUGCGCCAUCGCCCUGGACCGCUACUGGGCCAUCACCGACCCCAUCGACUACGUGAACAAGCGCACCCCGCGGCGGGCGGCGGCGCUCAUCAGCCUCACCUGGCUCAUCGGCUUCCUCAUCUCCAUCCCGCCCAUGCUAGGCUGGCGCACGCCCGAGGACCGCUCCAACCCCGACGCCUGUACCAUCAGCAAGGACCACGGCUACACCAUCUACUCCACCUUCGGCGCCUUCUACAUCCCGCUGCUGCUCAUGCUGGUGCUCUACGGGCGCAUCUUCAGGGCGGCCCGCUUCAGGAUCCGCAAGAGCGUCAGGAAGGCAGACAAGAAGCGGCAGCGGCCGCCGCCGGGCGCGGGCCUGCCGCUCUCCCCCGCCGGCCACGAGAAGAGGAAAAACGGCGAGCCGGGCCGGAGCUGGCGGCGGGCGGUGGAGCCCAAGCCCGGCGCCUGUGUCAACGGGGCCGUGCGGCACGGCGAGGACGGCGCCGCCCUGGAGAUCAUCGAGGUGCAUCACUACAACAGCUCCUCCGGGGCGCCCCUGCCCCUGCCGCUGCCCCUGCCCGGCGAUGCCGGCGGCGCCCCCGGCGAGAGGAAGAACGAGAAGAGCGCCGAGGCCAAGCGCAAGAUGGCCCUGGCCCGGGAGAGGAAGACCGUCAAGACCCUGGGCAUCAUCAUGGGCACCUUCAUCCUCUGCUGGCUGCCCUUCUUCAUCGUGGCCCUGGUGCUGCCCUUCUGCGACGCCGGCUGCUACAUGCCCGACUGGCUGGGCGCCGUCAUCAACUGGCUCGGCUACUCCAACUCUCUGCUCAACCCCAUCAUCUACGCCUACUUCAACAAGGACUUCCAAAGUGCUUUCAAGAAGAUCGUCAAGUGCAAGUUUUGCAGGCAGUGAAGCCCUUCCCGGCGGCGCCCGGCUCGGCCCAGGCCCCCGCCUCUGUCCCCAGCCCGGACACUGCGGCCGGACUCCGCCCUGCGCCCCCCGCCCGGCCCGACCCGGCCCGGCCCGGCCGGCGGAGCACUGCUCCCGCUGCCUGCCCGGGAAAUAAACCACCCCGUGCAUAACCCUGGCGUCUGCCUGUUCUUGGCUCCCGAGAAGACCGCGGACAGCCGCGGCCCGGCUCCCACGUGGGCCGGGCCGGCCGAGCAGAAGGCGCUUGGAGCCCCCGGCGCAGGGCGGAGGAAGGGGCUGGCCCGUCCCGGUCCCGCGGUGCUUGCAGUGACUUGGACCUUGCCAAGGUACUUCUUCUCCCGCCGCUGCCGCCCGGGCUCCCCGGCUCUCCCCGCCGCCGCUCUGCGCCCCGGAGCCCGAGGCGGCCCCGAGCGGGGGGCAGCGCCGGGCCGGGCCGGGCCGGGCUGGGCCGCUCACACUGCUUUGUGCCUUUCUCGUUUUCCUGGCCGGGUGCCGCAAUACAAGAGGACGAGCGCGCGGGGGCUGGGCAGUGUUACGGCAGAGCCCCCCUGCCCGCCACGGGGCGGGGGAUCUGUGCUUGAACCCACUCGCCAGCAGUCGGAGCCCGGGCAAGGCAGCUCUGCCCGCUCUGCUCCCGCUGGCGGCUCAGCUGUGACCGCCCCCCCCGCAAACUUCCCCUGUGCUAAUCCCACCCCCACACCUCUGGCUGUGCCCCGGAGGAGAGGCCCGCUCCCGCGCUGUCCCCAGGGCCCGGACGGACACAGGGGCGCUCUGCUUUGCCCGGAGCCCAAAGCUUCACCAAAUCCUCCCGCCCGGGGGGCGCCUUGCACAGUGCGCGGCCGUGCUCCGCAGCCUGGCGCCCGAAAGGAGGGCAGACGGGGAGAGCCUCGUUUUCUGAUCACACGCCGCCCUGGACCUCAGGCUGUCGGCUAAAGCGAUGUUGGGUCCCCCCGGGGCAUUCCCGCGGGCUUCCCCGGGGAACCACCCUGCGCGGGCGGCGGCAGGCGGCGCGGAGCCUGCGCGGGUCUCGCCCCCUCCUGCGGCCCCGACGGUGUCCCCCUCCCGGCCCUCCCCCUCUCCCCGCUCAGGGCUCGGGAACUUCACUGCAACUUUUGGAAACGCGGCUGAGCUGAAAUCCCGUGGCCCGGCCCGUCGGGGGCUGCAGGGCUGGGGCCCCGGAGCCGCCGCCGCCUCCCACCGCUCCCUGGCGAUAUCCCCGGCCCUGCCUGGCCCUCCCGGGGCGCCGCGCCCGCUGGGGACUCCCCAACACCAGAACCGCCCUUGGCACCAGCACAAGGCAUUUGACUGCUGGGGGAGCCCGGCCAUGAGGCAGGUCAGCAAGGGACCUGAGGCCCAGGCAGCAGGAUGCAGCCACCCGGCAGGGCACUGGCUUGAAAGGGCAGUUCAGACUUUCCAGCCAAACUCCCCCUGCACUCCCUUUUCCAUAGACACCCGAGUACCCCAGCUACAGCUAGCAGAGAAGGGGGAAAGUGUGUGUGUGGGGAGGGGGGAGCAGGUCCUGUGUUGCUCCUGAGGAGUGACAAGACUGAAAUCAACAGGGCGAGGCCCCCCCUGCUUUGCAUUUCUUUCAGUUACUGCCCAGAGCUCAGUCAGCUAUGCCUCCCUAGUCUGCACUGCGCUGAGAGGGGCCGCAGCUGGAAGAGAAGAGGGAAACGACUCCAGCCUUAAUACUACUUAGUUAGGAGCAGAGGAUUUCAUUUUUCUUCAUUGACUGGAAAAGCAUUUCCAAGCCCAUCUCUGGAGCUCUGAUUGCCAACCCAUUCCCUAAAACACUUACUGCUGAGCUUGGUAGAAUUUAGUUUUCUUAUCUCUGAACCAGGUGCAAAUUGCCAACUCCUGAACGCUUCUGUAGAGGAAACCAGUGUCUCAGAGGGAAGCCUUCCAGACUAGACCAAGUUGGAGAAAUUCAGUGCAAGUCAGGCCCUGGAAUUUGGCUGCAGGAUGGCAAGGACUAGCGUGACACUACUCUGGUUUAUUUACCAGUCCCACAAACUAGCUACCGUAAAUAUUGAUUAAAACAACAACUGGAAGGAAACGCUACUUCCCAGACAAGUGAUGGGUUAUUACUAUAGGAAAUAGGAAAGUUUUAAAAAGCAUCUCUCCAAUUGUGUACUUUUGUAAGGAAACAAUACAUAACUACCAUGGAAAAUCCACAAUGAAGGCUGGAGAGGGAAAGCAUUUUGAAUGUCAAAAACAAACUAGGUUAUUUUAAAUUUUCCAUUGGUUUUGCAACAAAAGGUAAAACCAUAUUUUCAUCAAUCCAAUUUUGCUGAUUUUGUCCUUGUGGACGUUGUUUAAAGAAAGUAGUGUGCACAGGCAUGUAUAACUGAGCUCCAGUGUCUACACUGGGUGGCUGGCUUCACUCAUGCCAGGAAUAGGUUAGGGAAUGGUGGCACUUCUGUGUUAAAAAGUACGUAAGCACAAAGUAUUACCGUUUUAUUUUCAAGCUUAUAUUUUGUUACUAACACUUCUGCCAAUUUUCUUUUCUUUUGCUUAGCAAAAGGCAGUGAGUGUAGAAGUAGUACAGAAGAUAAUUAGAUUUAAAAACUCAAUCAAUAAAAUAGAAUGAAAAGGCAGAAGAGGAUCAGAGAAAAAACACAUAUACUAGGCCAAAAGUUAAGAAAGCUCAGGUUGUGGACUUGUAAAUAUAGUGUGAAGAGAUGAUGCUGAGGAAUAUGAAAACUUGGUAGCGCUGUAGGAAAGCACAAGCCCAAAUUAAGUUUGGUGUAAGCUGCAAGAAUGGAGUGUUGCUUCACUUGCUAUGUGCUGCAGAACCGUUUCCAGAAAGGUUUCUACAGGGUAAAUAAAAGUAAAGUGUUAGGAUGCUGCUGUUCUGAACCUGUAUACUGUCAUUCAACAGAAUUCAAGACCUCAAAGUCAGAGGCUUAGUCAGAAAUUCCUUGUAAAGCUUUCCGGGAAAGAAUGCCAAAGGAACAACAUAUUUUUUGGGGGAAAUUCUUAGCACCUUGAUGCAGCAGAGUGGCAUACAUACUGGAAGGAAUGGGGAGAUGAGAAACUACCUGGGAAUAAAAAAAGAACAGCUCAGGAGAGUUUUGCAACACCCCAGAGUAUAAGGGACCAGGUAUGAAAGCCGCUGUUUAUGCAUAAAAAUAGAGGAGGGAAAAUACGAGAAAGGAGGGUUUGCAUACAUGAUCCUCUGAUAAAAGAAACCACUUGAAAAAUUAUCAUGCUGUUGUGGAUCGAGAACAGCUGCAUGCUGUACAGCUGACUACCAGGCACAACGUAUUAAGAUGAAAAGAAAUGACAAAGCAAAAGAUAGGUCAGACUCCACAACAGGCACCUCCCUGACUGGCAUAAUUUCCAUUAUCCCAUUACUACUGUAGGGUGAUCCACAGGAUAUACAAGAUUAUUCCAAACAAAACACUACUCUCUGAGACUCACCACUUGUCUUGAGUAGUACUUUCCUCUGGAAGCCAGUGGGAAUACUCAGCAUGCAUAAGGAUAUCAGAAUCUGGCCUAAAGGUAAAUUGUCUACCAGGCAGUACCAUGUAUCUUUUAAACAAAAACCUCUAGGAAAGAGGAACAAGAGAGGCAGAAAUAUGCAACAGGACCAAUUCUGUUGUAAAGUAAAUAAGGGCUUGAAGGCACUUGAGGCAAAGAAGACAUCUGAUCACAAGUUAGGCUACUGACCACAUAUGUAGGGCAGCUCACUAGAUGUUUUUCUUUCAGAUAUCUUGACAAGAUAAAAUUAGACUUAACAAAUAAACCAAAGGCAACACUGUGCACACAAAUGGUUUAGAUGUCUUAGACAUCUAAUCCUAUUUCUUGAUUUCUAUUUCAAUUUACUCACAUUGAAUGUCUUUCCAAUCAUCUGCCUCGUCCGGCACUGAGUGAUGUGCUUUGUAGCUCUUGCUAAAAAAUGUUUGUAUCUAGAAAACAUGUUGCAGAAAUUGCAUGUAGAACACAUUGAAGGUGCAAUCUUCCAUUGAUGUAAAUGGAGCCAGGAUUUCCCUUAAAUACUUUGCCCUUUGCAUGCUCUCUCUGGGUACCAUCCAGAUGAGCAGGAAUGUGCAUUUCCCUGAGGACAAGUAGCAGUGGCAUACCUGGUGUCACGGCUACUUGUUACUGGGGAACGCCUGUACCAUGCGCUCUCUGGUGUGUGGCAGGGUAUACCAGACGGGGUAGGGGAGGCUGGGGCCGGCACAGUUGCUGGCCCCAGCAGCCUUACCUGGGAUUCUUAGGGCCUCUGGGAGCUGCAGCCAUGGCACUCCUGCAGCAGGGAGCCUGGCCAGCAGCCGGAAUGCAGCUCUGGCCAGCCAAGCUCCAGUUUUGGGUGCACCACCCUGCUUUUUUUUGGCAUGGGUUUUUUUUAUCUCAAACCACUCCCUGCCCCCCUCCCUACACAGGGAAUGCAAAGUAGCAGCGCAGGGAACACCUACAUGUGUGAUGUGUGGCACCACAGACAGGUCUGCGGUGCCACUCACUGCACAUCCACACUUGUCUGGAUGCACCCUCUGAGUUUGUCAUCUCUUAUAUGAGGCAAAUAUCUUGAUUUCAAAGAUGGGAUAUUUUGUUUCUAUUCUGUAGUUUUCACAGUCUUAAUUUGAUUUCCCACUAUGAUUAAAAAAAGACUUACCAUCUUAAAAAGAAAAAUCAGUCCUAAAUCAAAUCAAUAUUUGUGGUGGGUUGCAAUACUGGAUUUGCUCCAUUAAUAAUCAACCUCCUCACAGAUGGAAAAGCUUUAUUUUAGUUUCAAGAUGCUUGUUUAAGCCUAGAUGAUGAAUAAAGACAAAUUCUAAAUGGAAAACAAAACACCUAAGUUCUGAAUGAGGCUGCUUCAAUCCAUAAAGUCAACUUUGAGGCAUCAGCAAUUCUACAGGCUUUACAUUCUUUUUCACCUUAUAAUGUUUCUUUGGCUCCUGUAAAAGAGAUUUUACAAAUACAAAAUAUGGCAGGGAGACCUUUUUCUGCUGCCUGGUUCUGACCAGUACACCCUGAAGUCAGGGAGAAUCUUUCUGCUGAUUUCAAUAACGCUGAACUAGGUCCUAAUCUACAUUGCCAAAAAAAAAAAAAAAAGGUUGCUGACAUAUCUGUAGUAGUAUGGCUGUACUGGCAUACCCUCCUGGUGUAGGCAUCAUUUAUACUGACAAAAAAGGGUUCUAACUGGCACCACUUAUACUAGCUCCAUAAGCACAAGUUAUAUCAGCAAAAGAGCUUUUAAUGUGUAUGUCUGCAUCUUCUGCAUGGGAGGGAAGGGGAAUCAGGCCCCUUCCCCUCCUCCAUCAGAUAUUAAUAAGAUGCUAAAAAUGUCUAGUAAAGACAUGACCCAAGAAAGGAGCCCCAUGCCUUGAGCUUUAAAACCUAAAGUUUCAAUAUGUUCCUCUAAACACUGCUAAAAGCACUUUUAGCAUUUGAAACUCAGGAAAUCACUCCUUAGAGGGAGAUGGUUGAGUGAGUUUCAGCAGCACUUUACAGAUGCUCAGAGAAGCAUUUCUAACAAUCAAGUGACCCUGUUAAAGCUUCAACCAGGCCUGUGAGAAAAUCCAAAUGGUAGUUGUGACACACUACAAUGGACCCAGCAGAACUCUGUGGAAGCCUCUAACUGUCCUGCUAGGCAUCAUACUUUUUAAGUGACGGUGUUACACAUACAUGCUCCAUAUGUUGAAUUGUCACUUUUUGAUUUUUAUGUGGGAAAAGCAGAUGUGAUUCCAAAGUUGCCUGCUUCUGGGAGAAAUUAAUAUAAAAUGCCAAUAUCUGAAAAGUAGAAAAAGGGAGAGGCUGCUAAACUGGACUACAACAGAGGUCUUAACAGUCCAUUCACACAUAUGUACACAUGCAUACAAUGUGGUUUCUUACUGCUAGCUAUGGAAAAAAAAAUCUCUAUGUAUACAGUUAAUGGACAAUAAGUUUUUCAUCAUUAAUUAUCAUCUUUUUCCUCAAGUCCUAUUCUUUGCAAGAGUUCCAAUUCAAACAUAGGUGUGGCAGAAGUAUAUGAGAAAGGAAAUUACUGAAAAGCAAGUUGCUUUAAACACUAAUCAAAGUCACAAAUCCAGUGUCACAUUUCAGAACUGAUCUCUUGAGCCUGUAAAUCUCAGGCCUGUGUCCACAUCCCCUAAAUUCCAGUUUAAUUAGAAGCAUCUUAGCAUUCUUUUAGGAAGCCACCAUAUUUUAGUCCCUUUUCCUGGGAAAGAUAUUCAUGAACAUUUAUUGCUAGAGCAGAUUUGUCACUCUUUUCCUUUCCUACAAGAAACCAGAACAGGUCUUUGGGUUAUGUGAAAUAAGUUUAUACUUAUUUCACUCCCACAACAACUCACACAAGGUCAACUAGGGCUGGUGCUCAUAGCACUGUACUGCUGCAGGCUCUGCCCUAGCCAGCUGCCUGAAGCUGAAGUAGCAGGCAGGCUGUCAACAGGUGCCUGAGAAAUGCAAGUGAGAGAAGGGUAGUGGUAAUUUUUAACACUUUAUAAUUUAGGUAAAGCUGAACAAACUUUCACAGGACAAAGAAAGGCACAUCUCCAUCCAGAGGGUUUCUGCUGGAUUUCUAAGACCUGGUGUACACACUGGAGGCUUUAAAACAGUUUCAAGUACCUUAAAAUUGAAGGUGCAAGGCAAUCAAAGGAGUUAGCACCUGAUUCCUCCACAAUUCACAUUUUAGAUAGUUUAUGUUAUUUGUAUUAAACUAUAACUGAAACACACUUUACUAUGAAAUAGCAAGGCUCUCAGUAUCAAAAUACAGACUUUCACACUUUCAGACUCACUUAAAGCUAUGUAUAGCCACUGUCUGGAACUAACUUAUACAUAGAAGAGAUAGAUGAUAAUGUUGUGAAGAAGGGGAUUUAAGUUUUAAGAUGCUGUUUGCACCUUUUUAAACAUGUGUCUUCUGGCUCUUGUGGAGUCUACAUUAUUCCUAGGUGGCCAGAAGUAGUUUUAAAGCAGUUUUACAGUAAUGGAAUUUAAAUGGUUAAGGCAAGGUACACCUUAGUGUUUUACACAUCACCACUGACCACAGAAUGGUCCAUAAAACCUGGAUUUGGAAGAUUUUUACUCAAGAUCUUGCUUCUUUUCAGUACUAGCCAUAUACCCUUCAACGAAGCAUUUCAGCCGCACAAGUAGAAUGCUACAAAGUGGCAUAAAUAUGUCUGAUAUACAGGAAAUGUAGAGCUGGAUGCUGCCCCUGCUUUCACACUUUCUCCUACUGAUUUCACAGGGAAAGAUCUGAGUCUCAUGGGAUUCGGCAAGUAACAGUUGUGGAGAUGAAGGACAGCCACAUAUUGGCGAGUUUGGACUUGGGCUAUUUCAUUACGCUCACAGUCUCUUGAAUAACAGGACAGGAGCAUUAGAAAGUUGGCCAUAUAAAAGGUUAUAGAGAGAUUAAAAAAGAGGUAUAUGGUUGUUAGCCCCCUGUAUAUUGGUAAAAUGUCAUCCACCAUGACAAUAAGUUCACCAUUUGGGGGCUUAAAGCCUGACUGAGAGUUUUUUUGCCACUUUUUGAACAGCUUUCUUAGAGCAAGGAGCCUUGAUACUGAAUCUACAUGAGUGGCAGACUGUGCAGUUGAUACUGUGCAGUCAUUUAGUACUUGCAUAACCGGUGUUACUGCACAGUAGUGUUGCUGCACAUUUUUUUCUAACGCUACUGAGCAGUAGCAACCAGCUACUGCACAGUAGCUCAUUACUACUGUGCAGUAGUAUUGCAUCAUGGUUAGUGCCUGGCAACACUACUGAGUGAUAGCAAUGAGCUACUGCACAGUACUUUGUUGCUACUGUGCAGUAGUGUCUCGUACAGAUGUGCCAACAGAGUAGUACUGAAGAUUUGCAAAGAUGCAAAAAGCGAGUGACUAUAUGCUUAGUACUGGUCAGAUUACUUCAGACUUUUGGGUGAGGUACAGAUAUUCAAAAAGCCUGAGGAGGAUUCAAACUAACUUAUGUGGGUUUCUCUAAAUGGACUACAGAUGGCUACCUCCUACCCUCUCCAGGUACCAAAGAUCUGCAGUUGCAGGAGAAAAGGCUUCAGCUGGAAACUCAGAACCGGCUUGGGGGAGAGCCGUGGCGGGGAAUCCUGUGAGUUCUUCCCAGAACUGCUCCAGGCCAUGGUCCCGGAGCUUGGACAGAACUGGGUCAGGGGAGGGACAAUCUGGACUGUGUGCUGCAGUGGCUCUGGGGAGGGCUCACAGGAUUUACCACCCCUUCCCCUCCCCAGAGCUCCCAGCUAAAGCCACUUUCCCUGCAGCUGCAGGGUUCUGGUCUCUGGGGAAGGGGAGAGAGCAGCAAUGUGCUUACAAUUGCAGGGGAAGUGACAUCAGCUGGGAACAUGGUGCUGGAUCCAGGGGGAGAUCCUUGGAGCCCUUCUUGGAGCCACUCCAGCACACGGUCCUGGGGCUCAGACAGAACUGGAACAGGGUGGGGACACUCUGUGUCCCACCAACCCAGGCAAGUAAUGCAGGGUACACCGCUGGCACUGCCUCCUCCCAGCAGCUCAUGAACCCUGCUCCCCUCCACAGCCUCUGUCCUGUUUGUGGCUGACAGAGAAUUCAGGGGUGGGGCUGGCUAGGUGCUCAGCUGGAGCAGCUGAGCUUUGGCUCCCUGAAAGGGGAGUUUAGCUGGGGGAGGUCAACCUCGGAUGCCAAUGGACAGUGACAUAACUUGAAUUGAUAGGGGAUCUGGGACAGAAGUUCAAUAGACUGGUCUAACCUAAACUGAUUAAGUCUGAUACUACAUCCAUCCAGGCCUAUCUUAGACCAGGUUCUACCAUUUUUAAAACAAUCUGUGUGCACUGAACUUCUGUUCUGUUAGACUGGUUUAGACUGCAGGUUUAGACUGCUUUCCAAUCACUUAUGCCAGUUUAUGUGUAAUGUUUGUACCUGGCCUUGGAGGGUGGGGAGGGUGUAAUACCCCUGUCUUCAAAAGAAUUAUGGAAGGGAUGAACUUAGUCUAUUAUGCCUUGAGCCACCAAUAUGCUACAUAUGUACUAACAUUAGAUCACACAAGUGAACAGGGUAGGUUUGAGAGACAUUGAACACUUAAUUUCUCCACUGUAUUAGAAUUACAGAUGCCUGUAGCUGAAAAGCCUUGUUCACAGUGUCCAGUUAUUUUUUCCCUUUUUGUUGGAAGAUGUCAUGAUAAUUUACUUUCCAGGAAAAUACUAACUAAAAGUUCUUUGCUUUUUUACUAUAAGUAUUUUGAAAUGGAUUAUAAGAUUGAGUUCUGACUCUUUAUUUACUUCUGCACUUCUAUGAAGUUAUUUUAAAGUAAACCAACUUAAUUACAGGCAUACAGUGAGGGCUACAGGAUGACAUUAUGAAGGUGGCAAGGUAAGAUUAGUAUAAAUAAAAAAAGUCACAAACAUGAGGGGUGUCUGAUGCAGAUAUUUUUGUGAACUAAAGAAAUUAGCACUUAGCCUCAGACUAAUUGGUAUUACCAUCUUAAGUAGGUAGGCCAUAAUUGUAGGUCAUGGCAUAUCCAGACUGGGUUAAAAUCACUCCACAAAAAUUUGCUUGGCCAAAAAAGAUUGAAAGCAAAAUGACUAGUGCCUUGGAAUACACUUUGGAAUAAGUAUGUAUAUGUACAUUGAUUGUUUUUGUAUGCUUCUUAAUGGUGUUUUAUAAAAUACAACACACAGCAGAAAUAAACUCAAACUCGCAUUUUCUUUGA